AACAACAUUAUUAUAAUUUUAAUACAGAAAGGAAGUAGUAGUAUAAUAUCAACUUAUUAACAGUUAUUUAAUGCAAAAUGAAGUUCCCUGAAAGUGUUAAAUAUAGUAGUUAUCUAGCAUAUAAACAUCAUGAAAUAAUAGAAGGGAAAAGAAAAGUGAAAGCUGAAUGUUUCGAUUGGGAUUUUAAUAUACCUAAAUCGCUUGUUUCCAUAUGUAUUGAAAAGUUGGCAGAAAAUUGGCUGGGUUACCCUAAGCUAAAAGAUUUAACUGCAAAGGACCGCGAACUGUUUCUGCAAAUUCUAGACACGGACGUCCCUCUUCAAAUAUUAGUUGAUAAUAUCAAAAGCGAUAUAUUUUGGAAAAGAUGUUACCACUCGAAGUUCCCCGAUUCUCCUAUUUUAGCUGAGGAUAAGAAAUGGAUUAAUGUUUUUAUGGAGCGACAUUUCGCAUUUAUUCUAGAAAACAUGAAUCCUCGACAAUACGAUCCUGAAAAGGUGACUACAUUAGUGCAGCUGUGUGGUCCAUACAUUCAAAAGUUGUCAAUCCGAAGUUUGAUUCCGACGGAUAUUCCUGUUCAAAGAAUGGCGUCACCAGAACUUGCUCAUCUUGUAACCAAUCAGCGACAAACUGAAAAUAAGCAGCUUUCCAAGAAUAACGAAGUUCUCUCCAGAGAUCACAUAUCUCUACAUGCCGCUUUAGGUAGCUUGACGAAUUUAGUCGAGUUACAUCUUACGUACCAGUUGAAAUCUAUAGGUGUCGAAUACCGAAGAGACCAAUUUCAAUUCACUAACAAUGACGCUAAAUCUUUAGCGCGCGGUCUGGAAAAGUGUGUUCAAUUAAGGAUAUUGAGAAUUACUCGAAGUGACAUGAAUUGUCAAAGGGUUAGAUAUGUUCUUCGCGGACUGGCCGACAACUUAAGAUUAGAAACUCUUGACUUCAGUCAUUGCAAAUGUGGAGAUGAAGGAGCAUCUUCAAUCGCAAAGUUUAUUUUCAAUCGUGAUGCUUUACGAACUCUUAUACUGGCCGAUAAUGUUUUUGGUCCUGUUGGCGUAGAAAGCAUAGCUCACGCUUUGAAUCACUACAGAUGCGGUAUUCGUACUCUUGAUUUAAGACUUAAUACUAAACUUGGGUCUGAAGGUAUAGCGCAUGUGGCCGUCUCACUAGCAAGAGGAUGCAAUUUGACAAGCCUAAACAUAUCGGGAUGUGGAAUCACUCCUGGGCCACUGAGCAAGCCACCAGCGGGAGUAUGGUCCACAACAAGUGCGGAAAACCCACCGACAUGUGGCGAUUUAUUAGCUCGAGCAAUAGGAUUGGUAAAGACCCCUUUACGGACACUUGAUCUUAGUGUAAAUGAUAUUGGUUCGCCCAGCGACAGUAUUCUAUCCAACGCAAUUUGCUUAAGUUAUAUUGUUGACUUGAAUUUAAAAAGAUCAGGAAUGAGUUCCAUGGCUAAGGCUGUAGCAGAAUCAGCUGCAGCAGCACAAAGGCUAAGAAGAGAAGCCGAGAAAGGUAUCCGAUUUAGAAGAAGUGCAGGGAAACUUGUUCAGGCCAGAAGAGUCGCUAAGGGGAUGAAUAUUGACACGGACCCGCUUCUUAUGGCCCAGCAGCUAUCAGCUCGGCCGUCAAUUGUUUCCGUCGCUUCUGAAGAAGGAACGUAUAGCUUGCAAACGCAACCAUUACCUUCUGAUUUUGGAUUUGUACCAUCGUUUAAGAGUCCACUACCAUCAUCAAGGGCUUCAUCUAUUACUGGACCACCGACAUCGCGAAGAUCGAGUCAUCAUAAUAUUUUGGAACCAGUGAAAGAUGUUAGGCGGACGGCACUCGUUCGUCGUGGCUCAGAUGGGUCAUUACUACAACCACGCAGUGAAAACACUCAAAGACAUAUUAAAAUAUUUGUUUCAUAAGAACAGUAUCUAUCUUUUAAUAAA